ACGCCGGCCACUCGGACUCUUUGCCCGACCCGAGGAACCUUUACGAGUGGCUCGUACUCGACACCCUCAGCUUCUGUGUGACACCACCUGAGAUGUUCGAAUCGGGUUUCUAUAACGGUAUUACGGAAUUACGAACUGGUAGUGGUCGCUUGGGGAGAUGCGUCAAACAUCCGAGGUACAAUGUUUGGAUCAAUGCUCCAAUCCUCACCACCAUAAGUAUGCAUAUCUAGUGCCCAAGCUGCUCGUCAACCACAUACACCUCCCAAAAUUUAUCCUAACCUCUGCCGUCCCAAUCACAAAAGAUGACCUCAAAAAAACUCCGCGUCGCAGUCAUAGGCCCCAAAGGCCAAGCAGGAAGCUGCGUCGUAGACGAGCUCCUCACGCGAGGCCACGCCGUCGUCGGUGUCUCCCGGAACCCCCCAAAGCAAUGGAAACACGGCGCCGACGACGGAUCCUACGCCUCAGCAUCGGUAGAUAUCUACACCGAGCAGAAGAAGCUCAUCGGCGUCUUCUCGUCAGACUUUGACGCCAUCGUGUGUGCCUUUGGGCCCAGCUUGGCGAGCCUGGAUACCGUGUACGAGGAAGGCGUCGAGGCGCACGGGAGGAUGAAGACGGCGCUGUUGGCUUCGACGCAUGAGGGCCCCUUUAUUAUUGUUGGUGGAGCGGGAUCUAUCCACGUCGCAAACCGUCUUCAACUUACGGACCAGAAGGACUUUGCGUAUAGCUGGUGGUGGACUUGGCCCGACGAGCACCUCGACUACAUGACUGCUCGAGGCCUGGACCACGGAAGCCGAUUCAUCAGCGUAGUCGCCGUGUUGAUGAAAUGGAGCAGAAGUCACAUCCAGCGACCGAGAGUCUACUCCUGGCUUCUCAGACCAGUCACGUAUCUGGUUCAGCGCUGGCUCAGGCGAUGCAUGACAGACAGGAAGACCAUAUCUCUAAUCACCAUGUGUCGGAUGGCCUUUACAAUGUGGAACGGCGUCACUGAAAAGUCGUGGUCCUUCCUCUCGCCCCCAGGUCUAUUGCGUGAUAAGGGUGUUCGGACUGGACACUACAAAGUCUUCAUCGACACGCCCGAGGAUCCGGCAACAGAGGCAGCGGAGAAUGGAAUCUACAAUGAGGAUAUGGCUGUUGCCAUCGUUGACGAAGUGGAGAACAACAAGCUUGCGUUCAAGCAUUGGAGCUGUACGGGGCCUAUUGGGCUGCGUAAGUGGUAGUUAGUUGAGCAAGGUUUCUCGCCAAUUCACAA